AUGAGAAGUUUGGGGACUAACCUCUCAAGUACCACCAGCUUCACACUCAUGGGCUUCCCAGAGUUGGAAAGCCUGGAGCACUGGCUGGCUGCCCUCCUCCUGCUGCUUUAUGCUGUCUCCAUCCUAGGCAACACCCUGAUUCUCUUCAUCAUCAAGGAGGAGCAGAGCUUGCACCAGCCAAUGUACUACUUCCUGUGUCUUCUGUCUGUCACUGACCUGGGGGUGUCCUUUUCUACACUGCCCACUGUCCUGGCUUCUAUGUGUUUUCAUGCCCUAGAGACUGCUUUUGAUGCCUGCCUGGCCCAAAUGUUCUUCAUCCAUUUUUUCUCCUGGACAGAAUCUGGGAUCCUGUUGGCCAUGAGUUUUGACCGCUAUGUGGCCAUCUGUAACCCUUUGCGCUAUUCUUCAGUGCUCACUGAUGUCCAUGUAGCCCGCAUGGGAAUAUCCAUUAUCAUCCGCAGCUUUUGCAUGGUCUUUCCACUUCCUUUCCUCCUGAAGAGGCUGCCCUUCUGUAAGGUCAAUGUUCUGAUCCAUUCGUACUGUUUGCACCCUGACAUGAUCCGCCUGCCCUGUGGAGAUACCACCAUCAACAGCAUGUAUGGCCUGUUCAUUGUCAUCUCUGCCUUUGGUGUAGAUUCAGUGCUCAUCCUCCUCUCCUAUGUGCUCAUUUUGCRCUCUGUGCUGGUCAUUGCCUCCAAGGAAGAGAGGCUCAAGACACUUAACACAUGUGUAKCACAUAUCUGUGCUGUGCUCAUCUUCUAUGUGCCCAUGGUUAGUGUAUCAAUGGUCCAUCGAUUUGGGAAGCAUGCCCCUGAGUAUGUGCACAAGUUCAUGUCCUUGGUCUAUCUCUUUGUGCCUCCAAUGCUCAACCCAAUUAUCUAUUCCAUCAAGACUAAGGAGAUUCGCAAGAGGCUACACAAGAUGUUUUUUGUACCCAAGCUCUGA